AUGCAAAGACAGCUGCAGCAGUGGUUAGAAGAGUUCGCUAAGAGGGCCCCAGACAGCGACGUGGCUCAGCUGCUGCAGCGGAACGAUGUAGAUACAGUUGAGGGCCCCACAGACACAGCAGCAGCAGCAGCAGGUGGUGGUGCUGCACUGCUACGAAGAGGAAGCACCAUGAGCAGCAGCAGCAGCAGCAGAAUUCAUUUCAGACAGACAAUGCAUGCAGGAGACAGCAGCUGCGGCGAAGACAGCCCCAAAGUGUGGGGUGCUGACACCCCGGAUCGUUUCCCUUUAUCUAGAGGGGCUUCAUCUCCUUUGCUUAGUCUUUAUCCAUCUGCUGCAGCAACAGCAGCAACUGCAGCAGCUACUGCUGCUGCUGCUGCUGAUGCACUCGAUGCUGCAGCAGAACCCCAGCAACUCACACCCCAGGCCGUGGCUUCUCUGUGGGCUCGCAGCGCCUGGGGGGCGCGGGAGGAAGCAGAGGACGAGCACGAGGAGACAGCAGCAGCAGCAGCAACAGCAGCAGCUGGGGGGCGCGGGAGGAAGCAGAGGACGAGCACGAGGAGACAGCAGCAGCAGCAGCAACAGCAGCAGCAGCAGCAACAGAAGCAGCAGCAGCAGAAGCAGAAGCAACAGCAGGAGACACCGCAGACAACAACUCUGACGCAGCUGCUGCAGCAACAAUGUGGGGCCCUGCUGCCUCUCCUUCCUCCUCAAGGUGUGAAUCCCCCAGGGGCAGUGCAUGCGAUGAGUCUCAGCAGCAGCAGCAGCAGCAGCAGCAGCAGCAGCAGCAGCAGCAGGCUGAGAACGCAGCAGCAGAGGGCGCUGCUGUCUUUCAACGCAGCCGCAAGAGGGGGACGGUUGUGGGGAGGCCGCAGCGGGGCAGCAGCAGCAAGCAGCAAGGGCCAGCAGCAGCACAUGCUGCUCUCAGCUUGCAGCAGCAGCAGCAGCAGCAGCUGUUGCAGCAGCAGCUACAGCAGCAGCAGCAGCAGGCAGAAGCAAAUGAACCAGAAGAUUCCGAAAGCGAUGGAGCCGCUGGGCAGCAUUCGCCCUCGGCUACAAAUGCAUCAGCAGCAGCAGCAGCAGCAGCUGCUGCUGCUGCUGCUGCUGCUGCUGCUGCUGGUGACGCGGCAUCAGAGACAGCUUCACAGGCGGAAGAGCAGCAAACUCGACAGCAGGAUGCAGACAAUGUUGAUGCAUGCCAUACAGCAGCAGCAGCAGCAGCAGCCGCAGCAGCAGCAGCAACAGCAGCAGCAGCAGCUGAGGCUGGCGGCUCUGGUGCUGGCGAGAGAGAAGAGGCAGCAGCUGAUGGACGGAGACAGGAGAUAG